CAGCGAGUGCUCCGUGCAAUCCAAGAAAAUGACCAAACUGCAGUUUUUAAACGUCUUUUUGACUGAGCGUCUCAUGCUCGCUGCACAGGAGAUAUACAAAUCUGUCGAGGAUACUAUUUUGGAGUACCAGGAGGAGAUAGCAAUCAGGGAGCGGGAGAACGACCAUUUGAGACGCAGGCUGCGAGACGCUGGGAUCGAAAUAUGGCCAGAUCGUCCGUCCAUGGCUCUGUUGGAAGAGGAGGAUGGUGAGCAUCCCCGUCGUGAGUGGAGUCCCAGCAUGGGGCAUGAAGAGCGCCUCCCAAUUCAGAUUAAGGAUAAAAGAGACAUCCGGGCCGUCCAAGGAGAUGAUCAGCUUCGUGGUCAUGGCUCUUGCACCACACCAGAGAACAUGUUUACUCCCCCACGUGUUGUGAAUGAAUAUCCCCAGGAAGGCCCGCACACAUCCAACCUUCCUCAGAGUCAAGGUGUGGAGAACAGGGAGAGGGAUCCUGCAUCUCGGGGGUCCUCGAGACACGUGAAGGUGGAGAGUGGAGGAGCCCACAGAGGCUCUACUUCCUCCAACAGUGGCGCCCAGCCCCUCGCACCAGUCAACCCAAACUGCUCGAAUGAGAACAACAUUGACAUUAUUGGGGUAGAGAAUGGAGGACAGAUGGUUGGUGCUAAGGGAAAUGGAGCUGGUGCUAACAGAGGGCAGGCCUCUCAAAUGCGCAAUCAAGGAGCUAAUGCCGUGGACUGCCCUCAUCAAAAAUCGCCCCAACAAGGCCAAAUGUCUUCCUUUAGCUGCAAGGUGUGUGGGGAGGCGUUUAGUCAUGCUGGCCAUCUGCAUGUGCAUGUACAAGUGCACACUCGAGAAAAACCUUACCGCUGUGGAGUAUGUGGGAAAUGCUGCAGCUCCUCGGGCAGACUGCAGGAGCACCAGCGUAGUCACACGGGAGAAAAACCAUUCCGCUGCCAGAUUUGUGGAAAGGGCUUCACACAGAUGGCUCACUUGAAGGUACACAUGAGAAUCCACACUGGGGAGAAGCCAUACAGUUGCCCUGUGUGUGGCAAGUGCUUCAGCCGCUCUGACAAAAUCAAAAGGCAUCUCCAGACCCAUAGCCGCGAGGGAACAUACUUCUCAGGGCAAUGAUGUUAGUGUUGAUCCAGUUUGUGACUCCUAUUGAUGAGGGAUAUUUACCUACAAAAAGCUAAAAACGCUGCCAAUAAAAAAAGGCUUUUUUCUUCCUACUUUCUAAAAAACUAGGGAUUCUGCAACUCAUAGAGAAGGUUUCUUAUCUAACACUUCUCCAAACCAUAUUCCCUCAACAAAAGUUUUAUUAGCCAGUUUAGUAUGUCAUCUACUAAUUUUUUUCACCUGUAACUGGAGUAUUACAUCUCUUAACAGAGUUGAGUUAUUAGCUAGACUUUUCUGAAUUAUGUAGACUUUCCUUAGUCAUAAUUAGCAUGAUGAAGUCUUCCACAUAUGCCUUGAAACUGAGAUGCAUUAAGAAAUGCAACAAUGUUUAACACGGUCAUGGCUUAAUACUAACCUGUCAUUUCAUAUUCAUCAGUCUACAGUUGAGUUUCAAAUCUGCAGACUUGACAUCUUUCUUGUAAUACUUAUUUUAGGUCCUAAAAGGAGAAGUCAGUACAUGAAAUGAUCCCCAUUUUCUCAAUUAAUAGAGAACUAAUGGCCUGCCAAAUGAAACCUGUAUGUCAUCUGGUUAAGACUAAAACUGCCAGCAGUUUUUUUUAUGUAGCAAUUAAAAAAGGACACUAAGUUCAGGUGAACAAAAAGCCACUGAAAUGCAGCUUGAAAUUGUGGACUUGACUGAAGUACACAAGAAGUCUGACCUCGCACUUACCUCCUUUCUUAGUCAUUAUUUGAAUUUGUUGAGUGCUGUUACAUAAUUGCACAGCUAAACACUGCCAUCUCACAUUGUCAGUGCUUCAUGUGGUCCAUUGAAAUAUGGAUCGAUCUAUUGUGUGACUGCUCCACUAUUUCAUGAACUAAUGUGAUAUUUUGUAAAAUACCACUAGUCUAUCGUUCAUUUUGGAUUCUAAUGGUGUCUUUUUUUUUUGUAUGACAUGCACUAUUGCAUCUGUCUAAGACGGUGCUGAAAUUCACUCUAUACUAGGGCCGUACAGUGUUAGCUGAACUUUUCUUCAGGGGUCUCAGUCUGAAAAGAUUUACGUUCACCUGUGUUUCCACCUCAAUGUUCAUUCACAUGGGAGGUAUUUUUGAAGCUGCCUCGAAUGUGGUUGAUUUUCAGACGUGAUGAUUGGUUUGUCAUGGAAUCACACACUUCCACUGCCCACCUUGGACUGAUCCUGACCCUACAGUCUCCUUUCUCCUCUCAGGACUAAUGCUGCAUUCAUAACAAGAGGGCAUACCAGAAAUACUAAUGUCUGAUUUGAAACACCUUUUUCAAAAGUCAGAAACUCAGGGUUUGUGAGUUUUCUCAUGGAAUCUGUCCCUGCUUGUAGCAGAAAAAUCGAAAUUUGCAUCUGAAUGUCCUGCAAGAAGAGGAACUAAAUAAAAUGUGUGACAGAGUGUGUCAGAGCUCAGUUGUUGCUCUGGGUCGCACACCAGUGAACCCUUAAAGCGUGAUGAAUGCAGCAUGAGACAACUUCAGCACGACCUCACAGCCGACCAGCAACCCUACACUCACAGUAUUCUCGGGGAACACCUAUGCUCCCCCUGCACACACUAAUGUACAGUGUUGUCUCAUGGCGUAUUAAAUGUUAUUUUUUAAUAAACUAGCAAUUGAG